AUGUCAUGUGCGCGAGAAUGUGGAAGUGAAUCCGAAUGUCGGCGUUUCAAGUUUUGCGAAACCGAUGCUACAUCUGGACAGUGCAAGUUGUAUGAGGAUGGCAAGGACUGCCCCAAUGUGGACAGCGGUCAAGUGUGUUCAUGCUUCCAGAAGAAACUACAAUGCGAAGAUGAGGUAUGCACAUGUCCAAUCGGUUACUAUGGCAACAGAUGCGAAUAUGUGAUGAAACACUGCAGUGAAGACACUGGUCAGAAUCUUGAGAGUCUAGCGAGGAAAAUUUCCUUCAUCCAACCCGAUGGUGCAGAAGAACCUUUCGAAGUGUUCUGUGAGUUCCGGUACGGCGGCUUGACGACGAUCCAGAACCGCGAUCUGACGGCGUCCCCUGUCGACUUCAAUCGGUCCAUGGCGGAAUACAUACGUGGAUUCGGUCACCCGAGAUACAACUUCUGGCUUGGAUUGAACAAACUCAGUCUCAUCUCAGGGGUUGCAUUAAUGAAAUGCAACAUUUAUCUGAAAUACGCUUCCUCGUCGUGUGAGACGUUUUACGACAGUUGCAGCUUUGGAGGAGAGCGCGACGACUACAAGAUAACACUCAGUGAUUUCUCUACCUAUGGUCCAAACUGCGGAGAUUCUUUGAUCGCCGUGAGCAACAUCAACAACGCCCCCUUCUCCACCUACGACUCCGACUUCAGUAACCACAACUGUGCAUCCAAGAUGGCGGCUGGCUGGUGGUACGCGCCAACGAGCAACUGCACCCAGGGGAAUCUGAACGCCCCGCUUGUGUCCCAAGCUGAUGUCACAGCUGACUCCGGCGUCGUGAGAAUGAAAUGGGUGGAGACGUUGGGUGACCAACUCCUUCAGUACUCACUCAUCAGACUCAAGAAAAAAUAGAAGUGAAGAGAGCUCGGGCAGCGACAGACCUAAUCGCUGCCACCAGUCAGAGCUCCCCGCUGUGAUAGGCCACUCGCAACCGACCGACCGUUGUGUCGAUGACUGUCUUGAUGCCGAAUACUCUUCCCCCAGCUGAAUUAUUUUCUUUG